UAAUUAUAAAUAAUAAUAAUGAUGAUGACGAUAAAUGAAUGGUCGAGAUGCUGCAGGGGUCUUUGGUAAUUUCGGAGCAUCACAAGGGCACUCUUUCUCCUUCUCUUAUUAGGCUAUAGAAAAGCUUCUCACACUCUCUCUCACAACUGACAUCGGAGAUUUGGAUAGUGAGUGUGUAUAUAUUUUAUCCUCGGAGAUUCAGAAAACUAAUUCAAAAUGUGCACAACCAAGCCAAAACACCGGAAUUCCGCCCCUGAAUCUACCGCCUCCAGAUCCAAUUCUAACGCCUCUACAACUACCACAAGCUCUUGGAUCUCCGAGGCAAUCGACGGUGGAUCCUUGUGCCGUGUGAACCUCGACGAUGGUAUCAAUGGCUGGGCGUCGCCUCCAGGUGACCUUUUCUCUCUACGCGCCAAAAAUUACUUUACUAAACGACAGAAAUCCCCCUCUGGCGGGUACUUACUCUCCCCUGCCGGUAUGGACUGGCUCAAGUCCAAUACCAAACUCGAUAACGUACUUGCUCGCCCUGACAACCGCGUGUCCCUUGCGCUCAGAAAGGUUCAGUCCCAAGGAAAAUCCUUGAAAAGUUUCAUCUUCGCCGUUAAUCUCCAAAUUCCUGGUAAGGAACAGCACAGUGCGGUGUUUUACUUUGUAACGGAGGAUCCUAUCCCUCCAGGUUCGCUGUUGUAUCGUUUCAUCAAUGACGAUGACUCGUUUAGGAACCAGCGGUUCAAGAUCGUGAACCGGAUCGUGAAAGGACCGUGGAUCGUGAAGACAGCGGUAGGGAACUAUAGUGCUUGUUUGUUAGGUAAAGCCUUAACAUGUAAUUAUCAUAGAGGAGCCAAUUAUUUGGAGAUUGAUGUGGAUAUAGGGAGCUCGAAGAUCGCCACCGCUAUUUUGCACAUUGCAUUGGGAUACGUGACAAGCGUUACUAUUGAUAUGGGUUUUGUGGUAGAGGCGCAGGCAGAGGAUGAGUUGCCUGAGAAAUUAAUCGGUGCGAUUAGAGUUUGUCAGAUGGAGAUGUCAUCGGCGACUGUAGUUGAGGCGCCGAACACGAUGGUGGCGCGUGGGAUAGGGUUAGCCAAGGUUAAACAUCAUGAGUCCGGCGAAGACGAGGAUGAAGAUUAAUAAUGCGAACAUAAUGGUGUUUGUUAUCAUUAUUUUUUUUUUUCUCCUUUACCGGAUUUCAAUUUUAAUUUAUUUUGUUAACAUCUUUUGUGAGUUGGAAAUUGGAAGCCCUUUUUUACGGGGAUUGAUGGGUGUAGAUAAUAAAAUGGUGAUAAAUAACGACCAUGGACUUGAACUUUUCUUC